AUGAAAAACAAGUUAAGAUAUUACUCUUCAUGUCGGGUAAAAAAAAACAAUGGACUACUACCGGUUUUUAUGCAAGCACCAAUUGCAAUUUUGGGGAAGAAUCGCGAUAACGAUAAUAAAAUCGUGAUAUUUGAAUUGGCAGGUCGAGUGGAUUUGGAGAAUUUUAUGGAAUCGAUCCAGCUUACGCCGUUUCUCAACGCUCGUUUUGGCCUGAUGGAACGACUUCUGCGUUUAAUAAACGAGCAGGAGAAAAUUUCAAAGCGGCAAUCUGGCGUCAUAUACGUUGUUGAUUUAGAGGGUCUUGAAAUGUCCAGCAGUUUGAUCAGCUUUUUAACUGGUCAGUUCUGCGAAUUUGAGUUUUUGAACCAAAUUCUGCACAAAUGUGUUAUCUUUGCAGGUCCUUUUCGCAUAAUCUGGGGAACGUUACUGGAGCAGUAUCCGUCCAUAUUCACACGAAUCAUAGUGGUCAAAACGCCAAAUUACAUAAAUGUUUUGUGGACUGCCUGUAUGCCUUUCAUCACGAGCAGUUAUAGGGAGAAAAUUUCGAUAACGAAGUCGGCGAACUGGCGCAAUGAGCUGCUGCAGUACAUUGAUGCACAGCGCUUGCCUGUACAUUAUGGAGGCACGAUGCUCGAUGAAAUGAACGAUGAGCGAUGUCGCCUAUUAAUCCCUUUUCCGGAAAAAAGUACUCCACUCACAGAACCUGUACUGCCUUUCCUGCCUGACAGUUUCCGAUUAGCACCAGGUAAUGAAAAAUGCUUCCUUCGAUCAAUCUGCAGCUCAUACUGAUU